GACUCAAGGACGCCUGGUACCGCAUCCUGCCAAACGGGGUGGAGUAGCGCGGCACUUCGUCACAACGAUCAGGCACCGGCCAUGAAGGUUUCCUGGGUUUUGUUCAUCGCUCUGACUGCAGUGCUGUGGUACCUGUGGCCACAGCUUCCGCUCCUUCCGGGCAUUGCCCACAGUCUCGGUUCCCUGAUGGUGAUGAUGUGUGCGAGUUAUUUUCUCGCAAAAUACCUCUGGGCAAUCGCUGGCGGCCGCCUGGUGAGCGGAUAUGGGAAGGCAGUGCUUAUCACCGGUUGCGACACGGGUUUCGGACAUCUGUUGGCUAAAUUCCUGGCCCGGGACGGCUUUCUCGUCUUCGCUGGCUGCCUGGACGCUAACGGGGAAGGAGCGACGUCGCUCAAAAAGCUGGCUAACGUCAAAGUCCUCCAGAUGGACGUCACAAAAGACGCCGAAAUUGACGGGGCUCACCGUGCGGUGAGAGAAGAGCUUGGAACACGCAAGCUCUGGGCCGUAGUGUGCAACGCUGCAAUAAUGAACAGCGGCCUCAUCGAAUGGCUGACGAUGGCGAGCAUCACUCGCAUCUUUGACGUCAACGUGUUCGGUGUGGUGCGCGUGGUCAAGAAGUUCCUGCCGAUGCUCAAGGAGAACAAGGGUCGAGCAGUCAUCGUCACGAGCAAUCUCUCGCAUUUCACGCUGCCAUUCACAACGCCUUACGCUAUGACGAAGCACGCGGUGCUGUCUCUGGUGGAUGGUCUGAGGAGAGAGACUUAUGGGAAAGGAGUCGACAUUGUCGCCGUCGAACCACUCACCUACAGGUCCAAGGUUACCGAAGCCGUAGGCUCCCUCGAUGCCGUCGAGAAGGAAUUCAAGAGUCAACCUGCCGAAGUAAUGGCUGGCUACAACGCGCAAGAACUCCACGACUGGACCCGCUCAAUGAAGGCACUCUACGAGUGGAGGAUUAAAGACGACAUCGAAGAGCUGGUCGACCAAAUGGUCCUGGCUGUCAGGGAGAAGCAUCCGAAAACGCGAUACCGGACGAUGGCCAUCUUUGACUACGCAUGGGUAACUUGCCUGAGGACGUUACCGGCCGAGGUGGUGGACCUUAUUUUACUAUGGUCGAGACGGAUGGCGUUGUGGAAGAAGUGAGCCGGUGAACAUACCGGCCUGCGUUUGUGCCUUUAUGGUGGUGCUUGUGUCCGCAAGACUUUAGCUUGUGCAAUCGCAGUGAAUUGAGUGUGCUGGUUCGCGCUGACUGAUGGAACUCUUCGUGGCAGUGAAGGGUCGGUACCUUUUCGGCACAAUCUUCCAUCUCCGACUUCAUCGUUUCGACAAUUCACAAUAACCCUUUGUUGACAUCACGGGCUCAUUCGUCACACAUGCCGGCGCCACAAAUGGAGGCGCGCAAGAAUUUUUGUUUUCCCGUCAACGAACUGAAGGUGUUGCAGUGGAAUCUGAAAUUUCCCAACGUGUCAUGUUUUGUCUCGCAUUUUAAAAUGAGUUUGAAGUUACCAUGUGGAGAGAAUGUAAAGUGUUGAUUGAUUGAAACGCUUUACUCAGAA